CAUGUGCAUCACACAACACUGAAUCAGCAAUUUGCUCGAAAGUUAUAAAAAUCGCAACAAAAAACAAUCGUUCAACACGAAAUUCAGAAGUUCCGACGUUGAUAUCUAUUGGCAUUUUUAACUGUCAUUUUAAGCAAAUUUAUUUUCAAACAAAACGAUUGAAAACCUUUAAAAUGACAAGCACUGAUGAAAUUGCAACUGCCAUUCUAAAAUCUAAAGCAAAACCUAACAGGUUAAUGGUAGAGGAAGCAGUCACUGAUGAUAAUUCAGUUGUGACAAUGUCAGCAGAAAAAAUGGAAGAACUUCAGUUGUUUCGUGGUGAUACAGUCCUGCUUAAAGGCAAAAGAAAGAAAGAAACAGUAUGUAUUGUCUUAUCUAAUGAAGAAGCCGCAAGCAAUGAUAAAGUUGGAAUGAAUCGAGUUGUGCGACAAAACCUUAGAGUAAGACUUGGAGAUAUUGUAAGUGUACAAGCUUGUCCUGAUGUUAAAUAUGGAAAAAGAAUUCAUGUCCUGCCUUUAGAUGAUACAGUAGAAGGUUUAACUGGGAGUCUGUUUGAAGUAUUUUUAAAACCAUAUUUCAUGGAGGCUUAUAGGCCUGUGUGUAAAGGAGAUUUAUUUCAAGUUCGUGGUGGAAUGCGAUCUGUUGAUUUCAAAGUUGUUGAAACAGAUCCUUCGCCAUAUUGUAUUGUUGCACCUGAUACAGUUAUUCAUUGUGAAGGGGAGCCAAUUAAACGAGAAGAUGAGGAGGAAUCGCUAAAUGAAGUUGGUUAUGAUGACAUAGGUGGUUGUAGAAAACAAAUGGCACUAAUUAAAGAAAUGGUAGAGCUUCCUUUGCGCCACCCACAAUUGUUUAAAGCAUUAGGUAUCAAACCUCCAAGGGGAAUCUUGUUAUAUGGACCUCCUGGUACAGGAAAGACUCUAAUGGCUAGGGCUGUUGCCAAUGAAACGGGAGCAUUCUUCUUUCUUAUAAAUGGACCUGAGAUCAUGAGUAAACUUGCCGGUGAAUCAGAAAGUAAUCUAAGGAAAGCAUUUGAAGAGGCAGAAAAAAAUUCACCAUCUAUUAUAUUUAUUGACGAAAUUGAUUCAAUUGCACCAAAACGUGAGAAAACGCAUGGAGAAGUUGAGCGGAGAAUUGUUUCACAGCUUUUAACACUGAUGGAUGGUUUAAAACAAAGGUCUCAUGUUAUCAUAAUGGCAGCAACAAAUCGUCCAAAUAGUAUUGAUCCAGCUCUUAGACGAUUUGGUCGAUUUGAUCGAGAGGUUGAUAUUGGUAUUCCUGAUGCAAGCGGCAGACUAGAAAUUCUUCGUAUUCAUACUAAAAAUAUGAAAUUAGAUGAUGAAGUUGAUUUAGAGCAAAUUGCUGCAGAGACUCAUGGCUACGUUGGAUCUGAUGUUGCAUCACUAUGUUCGGAAGCUGCGCUCCAACAAAUUCGUGAAAAAAUGGAUCUUAUUGAUCUUGAAGAGGAAACCAUUGAUGCUGCUGUUCUUGAUUCACUUGCUGUUUCAAUGGAUAACUUCAGGUUUGCAAUGGGAGCAACUAACCCCUCAGCUUUAAGAGAAACUGUUGUUGAAGUACCUACUGUAACAUGGAGUGAUAUAGGAGGACUUGAAAAUGUAAAGCGAGAAUUACAAGAACUUGUUCAAUAUCCAGUAGAGCAUCCAGAAAAGUUUUUAAAGUUUGGUAUGACGCCUUCAAAGGGUGUGUUGUUUUAUGGCCCUCCGGGUUGUGGUAAAACUUUGCUGGCAAAAGCUAUUGCUAACGAGUGUCAAGCUAACUUUAUAUCAAUAAAAGGUCCUGAACUGUUGACUAUGUGGUUUGGUGAAUCUGAAGCCAACGUUAGAGAUGUUUUUGAUAAGGCUAGAAUGGCAGCUCCCUGUGUACUUUUUUUUGAUGAGUUGGAUUCAAUUGCAAAAUCUCGUGGUGGCAGUAGCGGUGAUGGAGGUGGUGCUGCUGAUCGAGUUAUAAAUCAAAUUCUUACAGAAAUGGAUGGUAUGGGAGCAAAAAAAAACGUUUUUAUAAUUGGAGCCACAAACAGACCAGAUAUCAUUGACUCAGCUAUACUUCGACCUGGUCGACUUGAUCAACUUAUCUAUAUUCCUCUUCCUGACGAGCUUUCUCGUGUUGCAAUUUUAAAAGCUGCUCUGCGAAAAACGCCUAUCGCUAAGGACGUAGACCUUGUAUAUUUAGCAAAAGUUACAGUUGGCUUCAGCGGUGCUGAUCUCACAGAAAUAGCUCAGCGAGCCUGUAAAUUAGCCAUUCGUGAAUCAAUCGAAAAAGAUAUACAAAGGGAAAAACAGCGUGCUGAUAACCCAGAUAUAAACAUGGAUGAUGAUGAAGAUCCUGUUCCCGAAAUUCGCCGUGAUCACUUUGAAGAAUCGAUGAAAUUUGCCAGACGAUCUGUUAGUGAUAACGAGAUAAGAAAAUAUGAAAUGUUCGCACAAACUCUUCAUCAAAGUAGAGGUUUAGGAACGAACUUUAGAUUUCCGGGCAGUCAACAAGGUGCCACACCUACCUCUGGUGGCUCUACCGAACCAAAUCGUUACGCUCAAGACGAAGAAGACGACUUAUAUAGCUAGACGAAAUUGAGUGGUUACUUAGAUGAAUUCAUUAGUUUACUUUAUAUUUCUAUAAUAGUUGUAUUUAUUAAUCUUGUUCAUAAAUACUUUUUUCCAUUUUCUC